AUGCGCUGUGAUGUGCGCCCUAUCAUCUCCGACGGAGAGACCCUCUACAUUGACCCUUUUGCAGAACCCAUUUCUUGCUGGUGCUUCAAUGAGCACUCAGCUCGCCCUUGGCUUCAGUGUGAUACUCAUGGCUGCUGCAUGACGUACUCCAAGAUGGAGUGGUGUCCUGAGGUCCACUCAUGCAACGACGUUAUCGAACUCCAUCGCUAUGAGCAGGCUCGUCGUCAGCCACGAAACAUCUGGGCCUCUCACCCUGCUUCACAGUGGAGCAUUCCUAUGUGUCCUAGCGAGCCAGAGAAAUGGCGCAGUGUUCGCACUCUUGAGGAUUGUCUCUUUAUGGGGAACAUGCCGGACAUAACAACCUCUCCACCAGUUCUCAGCACGGCUAUUCUCAACCUUGUAAACACAGGCCGCAUCCUCAUCGCCACUCAAGCAACGCUGGAUAAGCUUCUUCAAGACAUCGAUGCUCGCAAGGCGAUGCAUGAUGCUUGUCAUGGUGAAGCAUGCGAGCGUGUAUUGAAUGAGUGGGAGUGUGUCAGUAGACAACCCAUCGAAACUGCUAAAGCUCUGGCUGAGCGAAUGGAGGGAGUGGUCACCAAGCAGCGAGAGCUGCUCGAUGGGUGCUGGUCACUCAUUGAACUUAUCCUGCGGGGUGAUACCAACGUGGAAGAGCUUUUCAUCGGUGAGUUCGAGGUUGUCAUGGAUUCUUAA